CGGGGAGCCACCUGGAUCUGCAGACAGACUGAGGUUAGAGGGGCAGGGGGCGCUGGGGACAUGGAUUGGGGGACGGGAGGCUACAAACUUUGUAAAUAAGUUACGUUUAGGGGGCGGAGACACAGUAACCCGGAAAUACCCCACCACAACCAGCCCAUGUGCCCCCUAGAAACCUCCUCUGGCUGGCACGUGGUGUCUCCCUUUAUACUGUAUCAGGUGAUUGUAUAAAGAGCUCUCUGUAUAGUGAGUGUACCCUGUAUAAGGAGCUCUCUGUAUAGUGAGUGUACCCUGUAUAAAGAGCUCUCUGUAUAGUGAGUGUAUCCUGUAUAAGGAGUUCUCUGUAUAGUGAGUGUAUCCUGUAUAAGGAGCUCUCUGUAUAGUGAGUGUACCCUGUAUAAGGAGCUCUCUGUAUAGUGUGAGUGUAUCCUGUAUAAAGAGCUCUCUGUAUAGUGUGAGUGUAUCCUGUAUAAAGAGCUCUCUGUAUAGUGAGUGUAUCCUGUAUAAAGAGCUCUCUGUAUAGUGUGAGUGUAUCCUGUAUAAAGAGCUCUCUGUAUAGUGUGAGUGUAUCCUGUAUAAAGAGCUCUCUGUAUAGUGAGUGUAUCCUGUAUAAAGAGCUCUCUGUAUAGUGUGAGUGUAUCCUGUAUAAAGAGCUCUCUGUAUAGUGUGAGUGUAUCCUGUAUAAAGAGCUCUCUGUAUAGUGAGUGUAUCCUGUAUAAAGAGCUCUCUGUAUAGUGUGAGUGUAUCCUGUAUAAAGAGCUCUCUGUAUAGUGUGAGUGUAUCCUGUAUAAAGAGCUCUCUGUAUAGUGAGUGUAUCCUGUAUAAAGAGCUCUCUGUAUAGUGUGAGUGUAUCCUGUAUAAAGAGCUCUCUGUAUAGUGUGAGUGUAUCCUGUAUAAAGAGCUCUCUGUAUAGUGAGUGUACCCUGUAUAAAGAGCUUUCUGUAUAGUGUGAGUGUAUCCUGUAUAAAGAGCUCUCUGUAUAGUGAGUGUAUCCUGUAUAAAGAGCUCUCUGUAUAGUGAGUGUACCCUGUAUAAAGAGCUUUCUGUAUAGUGUGAGUGUAUCCUGUAUAAAGAGCUUUCUGUAUAGUGUGAGUGUACCCUGUAUAAAGAUCACUCCUCCCUCCCAUAUAUCUGAAUCAAUGUUACAAUGUUAUUUUGUAGUGCAAAUUGUGAUUACAUUAUUUCUAUGUAUCUUCAUUAAAAAGCUUACAAUCUUAUAUUAAAAAAAGUACUGUGUCCAUGUUGCAAAAAUUUAAGUCUCUCUAGAUCUCCCCGUGCACACAUUGCAGCCACAGACAUUCCUUUGUACUCCAUAUAUUAUUAACAUGUCCUCCUGUACCCCACACAUUGCAGGUUUAGACCCCUCAUACCCCUCACAUUGCAGGUUUAGACCUCUGGAACCCCUCACAUUGCAGGUUUAGACCCCUUGUACCCCACAUAUUGCAGGUUUAGACCUCUGGAACCCCACACAUUGCAGGUUUAGACCCCUCGUACCCCUCACAUUUCAGGUUUAGACCCCUUGUACCCCUCACAUUGCAUAUUUAGACCCUUUGUAUCCCACACAUUGCAGGUUUAGCCCCCUUGUAUCCCACACUGCUGGUUUAGACCUCUGGAGCCCCUCACAUUGCAGGUUUAGACCCCUUGUACCCCACACAUUGCAGGUUUAGACCUCUGGAGUCCCUCUCAUUGCAGGUUCAGACCUCUGGAGCCCCUCACAUUGCAGGUUUAGACCCCUGGAACCCCUCACAUUGCAGGUUUAGACCUCUGGAGCCCCUUAUAUUGCAGGUUUAGAUCCCUGGAGCCACACAUUCUAGGUUUACGCCCUUCGUACCCCACACAUUGUAGCCACAUACACCCUCACCCCCAUAUAUUGCCAGCUCAGCACACCCAGCCUGUCAGUUCAGAGAUAAAGCUCAGAGGAGACAGAAGGCACUCUGUCAUCCUGAUAGUAGAAUGUCCCAGCUCGAUCCUCUGAACCCUGGAGCCAGUGAAACCCCCUGCAAGCAUGGACUCCCUGGUAAGAUUCCCUCGCUUCCAUGAAAAUAAUCUAUGUGGCAUCAUAGUCACUCACCUGGCAUAACACACUGAUAGCAUCUUUCCUGGCACAACAUUAUACAAUGAUAGCAUGGAUGUUGUGGGGGGUUGGAUGGACAGUGUGCUGGGUUUGUGUGGUACGUGAGAUGGAGAGUGUGGUGGGUUUGUAUGGAAUAUUAGAUGGAGAGUGUGCUGGGUUUGUGUGGUGCGUUGGAUGGAGAGUGCGGUGGGUUUGUGUCAUGCAUUGGAUGGAGAGUGUGCUGGGUUUGUGUGGUACGUGAGAUGGAUUGAGUGGUGGGUUUGUGUGGUGCGUUGGAUGGAGAGUGUGGUGGGUUUGUGUGGUACAUUAGAUGGAGAGUGUGCUGGGUUUGUGUGGUACGUGAGAUGGAGAGUGUGCUGGGUUUGUGUGGUGCUUUGUAUGGAGUGUGGAGGGUUUGUGUGGUAUGUUGGAUGGAGAGUGUGGUGGGUUUGUGUGGUGCGUUGGAUGGAGAGUGUGGUGGGUAUGUGUGGUACGUUGGAUGUAGAGUGUGGUGAGUUUGUGUGGUGCAUUGGAUGGAAAGUGCUGGGUUUGUGUGGUACGUUACAUGGAUAGUAUGGUGGGUUGGAUAACAGCAUGGUGCGUCUGGGUGGUACGUUGGAUGGACAGUGUGGUGGGUUUGGGCGGUGCAUUGGAUGGACAGUGUGGUGGGUCUGGGCAACUUGUUUGGCGGUGCAUGGGAAGGAUCAAGUUGUGCGUAUUGAUUAGGUAUUGGCACGUGUGCAGCAUGUUUCCAGAAUCGAUAUAAAGUUCUUAGGAUAUAACUUUAUUAUCCAUCCUAAUGUUUUGUCCUAAACACCUUAUUCAUUGCAAUAUCUGUUGUUUUAUAAUGUUACUUUUCAGUAGUGUUUAUAUUUCAUUCUUCUUUCAUUUUUUCAGAUAUGGUGGAGUCUGACAUGGAGAAGCCCCUGCUGGGGGUAGGUAAUGCUAAACAUGCUUCAUCGUAUGACUUGUCGUGUGGAGACACUGUUGGCAUUCUGGGUACCGGUGACUUUUCUCGAUCUCUGGCAAUUCGAUUAUUGCACUCAGGGUUCAAAGUGGUGAUUGGAAGCCGGAAUCCAAGACGCAGCUCAGGGCUUUUUCCGGAGGAGGUGGAGGUGGUAUUGCAGGAGGAGGCAGUAAAGAGGGUCGAGCUGCUGUUUGUUGCCAUGUUCAGAGACCAUUAUUCCACUCUAAGCAAGUUCUCAGAGGAGCUGUCCGGCAAGGUUCUAGUGGACGUCAGUAAUAAUCUGGAGACGAACCUUCACAGACAAUCCAAUGCAGAGUAUCUGGCAUCUCUUUUCCCAAAAUGUCAUGUGGUAAAGGGAUUCAAUGUAGUGUCAGCCUGGGCCUUGCAGUCUGGACCCAAGGAUGGUAAUAAGCAGGUAAAGCAUUCACAUAUGAUAAAGCAAUAAAAUAUUGGGUGCAAAGUCAUAAAUAACGACAAGUGCAGUGUCUUCUCCUCUCUAUGGGGUGUUUGUCAAUGCAUUGAACAGAUGGUGUGGUCAGUCUGGGUGAUUUGAUGUGUCUGCCGGUGCGAUGGUCGGAUGGUGCGGUCAGUCUGGGUGAUUUGAUGUGUCUGCCGGUGCGAUGGUCGGAUGGUGCGGUCAGUCUGGGUGAUUUGAUGUGUCUGCCGGUGCGAUGGUUGGAUGGUGCGGUCAGUCUUGGUGAUUUGAUAUGUCUGCCGGUGCGAUGGUCAGAUGGUGCGGUCAAUCUGGGUGAUUUGAUUUCUCUGUUGGUGCAUUGGUUGGAUGGUGCGGUCAGUGUGGGUGAUUUGAAGUGUCUGUCGGUGUGAUGGUUGGAUGGUGUGGUCAGUCUAGGUGAUUUGAUGUGUCUAUUGGUGCGGUCAAUCUGGGUGAUUUAAUUUCUCUGUUGGUUGGAUAUUGCGGUCAAUCUGGGUAAUUUGAUUUCUCUGUUGGUUGGAUGGUGCGGUUAGUCUGGGUGAUUUGAUGUGACUGUUGGUGUGAUGGUUGGAUGGUGCAGUCAGUCUGGGUGAUUUUGAUUUGUCUGUUUCAAUUUCUUUGAAUCAAACCAGUUUUAUAAAAUGUACAUAGAAAAUAUAGGCUAAAUAAAAAAUGUGUUAAUAAAUGUUUGCUACACUUACUACCAGAUGCUGCAGUAAAUCCUGCCGUCAUGAAGGUACUGAUCUAAGUUUUCGAUUUCAGGUUUUGAUCUGCUCCAACAGUCCAGAAGCUAAAAACCACGUGGUGUCCAUUGCUCGCCGGAUGGGAUUUAUUCCGGUGGACAUGGGAGCUUUGUGCUCUGCUGGUGAGAUUGAGAAUAUUCCUCUCCGUCUUCUGCCAUUGUGGAAGAUUCCUGUCAUCCUCACUAUAUGCCUUUUCACAUUCUUCUAUUGUUACAAUUUUGUGCGUGGAGUCCUGCACCCGUACCUCGUGGAAAACAAGAAUGAAUUCUACAAGAUGCCAGUCAAGGUAGUGAACACCUCCAUCCCGUGUGUCUCCUAUGUCCUCCUGUCGUUGGUUUACCUGCCAGGAAUCUUGGCAGCAUUUUACCAGCUGCACUAUGGCACCAAGUACCGUCGUUUCCCUGACUGGUUGGAUGAGUGGCUUCGGCUCAGAAAGCAGAUCGGACUGGCAUCCUUCUACUGUGCUUCUUUACAUGCUGUGUACAGCCUGUGUCUUCCAAUGCGCAGGUCAGCGAGGUUCCAGAUCCUCAACGAUGCCGUGAAGCAGGUGAGAACCAACAUGAAAUAAUCCUACUACAAACACAGAGUUUGGCCCUUAGCAGGCACCAUCAUACAGGGGGAGCAUUUAUACAUUUGUUGCUACUGAAAAGUGGGACAAAGCUCUAAAAGUAAAAAAAAAAAAAAAAGACCAUAGAAACCAAUAGAAUGUUCCACCUGGUUUUAUUUUUGGAUGAUUAGAACUUUUCUCCUCCUUUCUGUUGGUGAAUUGUUAUAUUGAGGGUGGGAAGCCAUCAAAGUAUUAUUGUCUGACAUUGCACAGAAAUUGCUAACCUGCGUCUAUGUAGGUAAGACACCCCGCCAUGACACAGGUGGGAUCAUGGGCCUCUAGACGCCCCUCAACUCUCCUGUAAUUGAUAGAUAAAAAUGUGAUAAGUGAGGCACUCAGGUGACCUAGUGUAAGAGCUUCUACAAGACCAGUGUGAGUCCUUCCAAACACUACACGCUAAACAGAGAUUACAGUGAUUAUAUAAAAAGAAAAUGUACCCUUAAACCCCUAUCAGAUGAGGGCAUUCCAAAUUCUACUUAAAGAAAAUACUACAAUAUAGUGUAAUACUGCCUGCCACUCACAUAAUAUUGAGCCUUACCUGGAUCAGUUCGAAUCACUGUGGCCGGUGUGUUCUAUGGUGACACUGAGCCUCCUCACUCCUUGGAUUACUGAGAGGAGAUACAACCUGUAGUGCAGCUUCUAUAGGGGUAAAAUUAGUGGCUCACCGUUCAUAGAGCCCCCCAGACAUGGCUCUAGGCCACCACCCUGCUUUAAUAUGGAUCACAGCCGACAAGAGGGACCCAGUACUCCAAAAUAUAAAGAAAAAUAAAUAAAUAUAAAGUGCAGUAAAGAUAUAGAGAUCUGGGGGAAAGUCCAAGGAUUUCCAUAUCUCUACUUACUAUUUAUUUGUAUUUUUAGUCCUGCGGCUCCAAUGUUACACGCAGUGUACACUAUAAUGGAAUAAUCUCACCUGGUAGAGAAGUAAGAGUGCAUUAUAAUUUUUAAAUACCAGCCCUCCAUUAAUUAACCACUGUUGGUUGUAGUCACUCACCACCCACUUGCUGUAUCUGUUUCUCCUGAAAAUCAUCCCUCGAGGAUUCCGGAUUCUAUGAGAUCUGAAAGAAGUAGAAGGUAUGCGCCACUUGCCCACCCGUUCUAUGUAGCGAUAAAAUAUAACAGAAUACAAACCUCGUAGACAGUCAUUCAUGGUGACCCGGAGUGCUGUAACUGUGAACAUAAGCACUGGCAGAAUUGGUUCUUAAACCUCAUACAUGGUACAUUUAAAGUUUUUACAUUUUAAGAAAUGAAAAAAUUGUGCAGUAAAGUCUUAGCCUCGUGUGGCACCCAAGAGUUCCUGGUAAUGUCUAAGGACACACAAUCGGUGCAUUCGUAGCCACAGGGUUAUAACUGGAGGAUUCUGUUAGACACUCCCAAGUCCAGAGAGGUAAAUCAGGUGAACAAACAUAUGUCUAACCCCAGGUGGGUGUGCCUAUAGGUGGAUUAUUCUUAGCCCACUCGAGGUAGGUGUCCCGAUAGGUAGAUCAUUCCUAGCUCACUCAAGGUAGGUCUCCCGAUAGGUAGAUCAUUCCUAGCUCACUCAAGGUAGGUGUCCCAAUAGGUAGAUCAUUCCUAGCUCACUCGGGGUAGGUGUCCCGAUAGGUAGAUCAUUCCUAGCUCACUCGAGGUAGGUGUCUUGGUAGGUAGAUCAUUCCUAGCUCACUCAAGGUAGGUGUCCCGAUAGGUAGAUCAUUCCUAGCUCACUCAAGGUAGGUGUCCCGAUAGGUAGAUCAUUCCUAGCUCACUCGAGGUAGGUGUCCCGAUAGGUAGAUCAUUCCUAGCUCACUCGAGGUAGGUGUCUUGGUAGGUAGAUCAUUCCUAGCUCACUCGAGGUAGGUGUCCCGAUCGGUAGAUCAUUCCUAGCUCACUCAAGGUAGGUGUCUUGGUAGGUAGAUCAUUCCUAGCUCACUCGAGGUAGGUGUCCGAUAGGUAGAUCAUUCCUAGCUCACUCGAGGUAGGUGUCCCGAUAGGUAGAUCAUUCCUAGCUCACUCGAGGUAGAUGUCCCGAUAGGUAGGUCAUUCCUAGCUCACUCGAGGUAGGUGUCUUGGAAGGUAGAUCAUUCCUAGCUCACUCGAGGUAGGUGUCCCGAUAGGUAGAUCAUUCCUAGCUCACUCAAGGUAGGUGUCCCGAUAGGUAGAUCAUUCCUAGCUCACUCGAGGUAGGUGUCCCGAUAGGUAGAUCAUUCCUAGCUCACUCGAGGUUGGUGUCCCGAUAGGUAAAUCAUUCCUAGCUCACUCGAGGUAGGUGUCUUGGUAGGUAGAUCAUUCCUAGCUCACUCGAGGUAGGUGUCCCGAUAGGUAGAUCAUUCCUAGCUCAGUCGAGGUAGGUGUCUUGGUAGGUAGAUCAUUCCUAGCUCACUCGAGGUAGGUGUCCCGAUAGGUAGAUCAUUCCUAGCUCACUCGAGUUAGGUGUCUUGGUAGGUAGAUCAUUCCUAGCUCACUUGAGGUAGGUGUCUUGGUAGGUAGAUCAUUCCUAGCUCACUCGAGGUAGGUUUCCCGAUAGGUAGAUCAUUCCUAGCUCAUUUGCGGUAGGUGUCCCGAUAAGUAGAUCAUUCCUAGCUCAUUCGAGGUAGGUGUCCCGAUAGGUAGAUCAUUCCUAGCUCACUCGAGGUAGGUGUCCCGAUAGGUAGAUCAUUCCUAGCUCACUCGAGGUAGGUGUCCCGAUAGGUAGAUCAUUCCUAGCUCAUUCGAGGUAGGUGUAGCGGAGGAGCAGGGGUUAAUCCAAUAGCUCUCCGCUGGGAACAAAGAUUCAGCAUACAAAAUCACAGGAACACAGCAUAAUCCACCUCCCCAAGGACUAGACGACACAUAGUCUGGGAGUCAACUGUCAGCUUUAAUCACAGGUCUGCUUUUAUGCAUUUCUCCCAUGCAAGGGAGGUAACUUUCAUAAUUUGUACAGUAACCAAUUGUAACCCGGUCACCUCCCCUCACUCUCCUCCCCUUAGAUUAGCACUUAAACCACUUAGUGGGGACAGAGUUUUCCCCACUUUCUGGAUGUCCCCUAAAUACAUGGGGUACAGGGACAAAUAAGGGGUCCCUAGGUAGGUCUGAUCUGGGUGAGCAACAUACUUGAAAUUCACCCAGAUCGGACCAGGGGUUCGGGAGUUACAGCCUGUUAAAGUUUUGACCGACCGCAGGGACUCAGUAGCCGAAAACAGUUCCAUGCAUUCUGGCCCUGCGGUCGGUCUAUUUCAAUGAACCACAAAUACUGAACGGUUAGCCAUCCAUACGAUUGCUACCAUUCGUAUGAUUCCCCUCGUUUAGGGGAAUCUAUCUACGGAACGCCGGGGCGAUCGUGUGUUAGCUUUGUAUUGUCGGAGCACGCUGGAGGUCUUAGCGGUGCUUGGUUAGUCGAAUGCUCGGUUUGAGUUCCAGGCGUUCGACAACCAAGUACCGCUGUUCGUGCGUAAGAUGGCAGCCGCCACGUGUUCGGUAGGCGAAAUGGCGGCCACACAUACUGGUACUUAAUUCCCUUCGCAACAAUGUAUCAUUCUGUUAAUGGGAAACACACGACCACCCCGGGGUGGUCGUCCGUUCGGUAGUUUCAUACAUUCGAAUAAACACAUUACAAUACUAUUAAAAUCCAUUUGUGUGGUUAUUCCCUUGGUGAAUUGCACCUAUUCACACAGAAUAGUUAGUCCAAGUGGCAGGGUUUGCCACAAUGCUCCCCCAGAACCAAGCCGGCAUACACAGUCUGAUCCCAACGGAUCGGCUUGGGGAUGUCCGGGAGAGUGCUCACAGAUCAUUUUUCCAGUUCUGUCUGUCGGGACAACCCGUCGGCAUUACCAUUUUGUACUGGAUGGUGAAAUCAAAGGGCUGCAGCGCCAAGCUCCAUCUCAACAGUCUAGCAUUGUCCCGACACCUGGUUUAGCCACACCAACGGGUUGUGAUCUGUGAGCACGGCAAAUUGUUGUCCAUAUAAGUAGGGCUGGAGUUUCUUGAGGGCCCACACUACCGCCAGGCAUUCCUUCUCGAUGGCGGCAUAGCUUACUUCUCUGGGUAGGAGUUUCCGACUUAAGUAAGCGAUGGGAUGUUCGCCGCCAUUGGCCCCGACCUGGCUCAGCACUGCUCCCAAUCCAAACAUAGAAGCGUCUGUAUGAACGAGAAAGCGUUUAGUUGGAUCGGGAGCGGCAAGUACAGGUGCAUGAAUUAGGGCAGUUUUCAGUUCUUGGAAUGCCUUCUCACACUCUGGGCUCCAGGUCACUACUUUGGGCAGGUUCUUCUUUGCUAGGGCGCUAUAACUGGGUACAAAUUUACGGUAAUAACCGGCGGUCCCUAAGAAAGCUAAAAGCUGGGUUUUCGUGCGAGGGGUCGGCCACUUAGCUACGGCCUAUAUGAGUUAAAUGUUCGUCCCAGGAGUUACUAAAGAUCGCUAUAUCGUCUAAAUAGGCGCAAGCGUACUCCUGGGACCCGUCCAGUAGCCGAUCUACCAUCCGCUGAAAGGUAGCCGGCGCAUUCUUCAUCCCGAAUGGCAUUACCUUAAAUUGGUAUAGCCCAAACGGAGUGACGAAGGCGGACUUUGGGAUGGCAUCUUCGGCUAGUAGGAUCUGCCAGUAUCCUUUGCACAAGUCUAUUGUGGUGAGAUACUGGCCCCGGGCCAUUUUAUCUAGGAGCUCAUCGAUUCUAGGCAUAGGGUAGGCAUCAGAGAUUGUUUCAUCGUUAAGUUUCCGGUAGUCAACGCAGAAGCGGGUGGUUCCGUCCCGCUUCGGCACCAGUACUACCGGAGAGGCCCAUGGGCUAUCUGAGUGUUCUAUCACUCCUAGCUGUAGCAUUUCGUCAUUCUCCUUCCGCAUAUGAUCUUUCACAGAUUCGGGUAUGCGGUAGGGGGUUUGCCGAAGAGGGUGUUGCCCUGGGGUUUCUACUCUGUGGGUAGCCAGGGGGGUAUAUCCGGGCUGGUUGGAAAAUGUAUCCCCUUUCUCUCGGAUUAGCUCUAGUAUUUGAGCUCGCUCUCUAGUACUCAGCCUGUCUCCUAGCUGUACUUCCCCUAAUUCUGUGUCAGGCCCCCCCUUUUCUAAUAGGUCCGGUAGCGGUAAGUUGUCUGGGUCCUCGGCAACCGAAGCACAUAUGGCAGUUACUUCCUCUGUCCGCUCGUGAUACGGCUUCAACAUGUUAACGUGGAGCAUGCGCCUACCGCCCGCUCCCGUACAUGGGGCAAUUAUAUAAAUGGUGUCACAUACCUGUUCCACCACUUUAUAAGGUCCCUGCCAUGAGGCCUGCAGUUUGUCAUUUUGGACCGGCUUCAAGAUUAGCACCUUUUGCCCUAUUUGAAAACUGCAGUCCCUGGCUCCCCUAUCGUACCAUCUGCGCUGUCGUUGCUGGGCCGCCUGGAGAUUAGACCGUACCAUCUGGAUUAGGGUCUCCAAGCGCUCCGUGAACUCUAGCACAUAUGGGACGAUAGGGGUACCGUUACAGGUGACAGUCCCUUCCCAGUGCUCCCUAAUGAGGUCCAAGGGACCCCGCACUCUCCUUCCGAAUAGUAAUUCGAAGGGCGAGAACCCUGUGGACUCCUGGGGUACCUCUCGGUAAGCGAAGAGCAGAUGGGGGAGAAACCUCUCCCAGUCCUUCUGGGUAUCCAUGAACGUACAGAGCAUUUGCUUUAAUGUUCGGUUGAAACGUUCACAGAGCCCAUUGGACUGAGGGUGAUACGCUGAGUUUACAAUAGGUUUCACCCCACAUGUUCUCCAUAACUGGUGAGUGACUUCAGCCGUGAAUUGGGUACCCCGAUCUGAGAUAAUCUCCUUAGGAAACCCCAUUCUGGAGAAUAUCCGGAUCAGGGCAUCCACUAUAGUUUCGGCAUGGAUAUUAGUUAGGGCCACUGCCUCUGGGUACCGGGUAGCAUAAUCUACUACUGUUAAGAUGUACUUUUUCCCGGACGGACUGGGUUUUGCUAGGGGUCCAAUUAUAUCAACAGCUACCCUACUAAAGGGCUCCUCUAUUAUGGGAAGGGAGUGCAUUUUUGCCUUGUAUCGGUCUCCUCUCUUCCCUACCCUCUGGCACGUAUCGCAAGUUUGGCAAUAUUGCCGGAUAUCUUUGGACACCCCUGGCCAAAAGAAGUUUUGGGUCAAACAGUGUUUUGUCCUACUGAUGCCUAGGUGUCCUGACAAAGGGAUGUCGUGGGCAAUAUGCAAUAAUGCCUGUCUGUACUUUUUGGGUACUACUAAUUGCGUGAGGGUCAUGGGUACAGAUCCUGCUACUACCUUCUCGGCGUGUCGGUAUAGUAAUCCUUUCUCCCAAGCAUAUCUCUCCCCCUCCAACCCCGCCUGAUUCUGCGUAACCUUAUCCCGGUAUACCUGCAAAGACGGGUCGGUGACUACUUCAGUACCAAAUUCUAAGGGGGGAGCCCAGGGGACAAAAGGGGGUGUAGGACUGUUGCUUACCUGAGCCUCAUUGUGUUCAGAAGAUGUGGUAGUGCGAGCCUGCUGCCGUGUUACAACGGGUAGUGCUUCCUGCGUGGGGUGCUGAGAAACAAAAGCGGAGGUCAGCUCCCCCAAGUCGUUGCCCAGGAUGACAUCAGCGGGUAGAUCCUGCAUGAGGCCCACUUCCACAUUCCCUGACCCCGCUCCCCAAUCCAAAUGUACCUUGGCAGUAGGAAUUUUGUAAAUAGCUCCCCCUGCCACCCGAACGGCCACAUAUUCUCCAGUGAGCUGGUUCUUGGGAACUAAGUGAUUGCGCACCAGAGUUAUGGUGGCCCCAGAGUCGCGCAGACCCUGGAGGCGCUUUCCCUCUACGUGCACCCCUUGGCAGUGUCCCUGCCGGUUGUCUGCAGCCGCUUGUAUUGGGUUGGCCUCAUGGAGGGUGCCCAAAGGUUCUUCAUUGGACCCGGCCCAGAGGUGAGGUUGUCGGGGCUCACUCUGGUAGCAGUGUACCGCUGCCCGGUUUGCAGGGGAAUUGGUUGGGGUAUUCCAUGUGGGGCGGUGUUUGUUCCUGGGACAGUCUCUCUGUAUGUGGCCCUGCUGGUUACACGUGUGGCACCUGAUGAACGAUCGGGCAUUGUUGUACCGGGGAGGGGUUUGGUAGUUCCCACCACCCGGACGCAGUGAUGGGGUGGGGAUAACAGUGGGAGGUGUGGUAGCAGCGCCCGAGGUGGGCUGUGACUGUGCCCACUGUGCCCUUCUGGCAUCUUGGUAUUCGUCUGCCAACCUGGCUGCGUCGGUUAAGGUGCGUGGUUUCCGGUCUCGUAGCCAGUUUUGUAAAUCCGGGGUUAAUCCCUGGAAGAAUUGCUCUAGCAGCAGUAACUGGAGCAUAUCCUCCACUGUGGUUGCUUACGCUGCUUGUACCCAUCCUUUGCCCGCCCUAGUUAAGCGGUGUGCCCACUCCAUGUGGGUGUCUCUCUCCGUCUUUCGGCUUUCUCUGAACCGCUGUCGGUACGCUUCUGGGGUGAUGGCAUACCUGGUCAGGAUCGCCUGCCUUACUUUCUGGUAAUCCCUGCUGUCCUCGUCUGGCAUGGUGCGGUAGGCUUCUGCUGCCCGGCCCGCUAACUUGCCCAACAGCAGGGGUACCUGGUCAGCAGCGUCAAUCUCGUGUAGCUGGCAUAACUUCUCGAAGUCAUGCAGGUAGCCAUCAAUGUCCUUGGUUUCCACAUAACUUUUAAAAGCAUGGUAUGGAAUUUUAGGCUUUCCUUGUACUAUGCGUGGUGAGGUUGGAGACCCUUCUCUGGACCUCCGGUCUGCCUGCUGUUUUGCCAUGAUGUAUUGGUGAACAUCUGCCAUAAUCCUUUCCAAGGUGUCUAUGGGAGGUGUAUCUGGGAAAAAGGCCAGUCUGCUUUGGAGUUCUCUUCCAAACUCAUUCUGUGUGUUGUCCAUAAGAGGUGCUGCAGCAGCUGCCCGGUCUCCCUCCAUGAGUUCAGCAAUAAGGGUAGCUUUGGCUUUAUUGCUGGCAAUAAUUCCCCUUGCUUCCAAUAGCUCUUUUAGCGUGGCCCGUUUCAAGCUGGUAUAAUCUGUCCCCAUUCACUAUCCGUUCGGGUAUAUUCACAUACCCUUUCCCUUCGGUUCCAUACGAAUAGCAAAUUUCCACGAAUGGCUGUAACUGCUGAACAACGGUUUGCUGUGAGGUUUGAAUCCCACCUCUGCCACCAAUUGUAACGGAGGAGCAGGGGUUAAUCCAAGGACUCUCCGCUGGGAACAAAGAUUCAGCAUACAAAAUCACAGGAACACAGCAUAAUCCACCUCCCCAAGGACUAGACGACACAUAGUCUGGGAGUCAACUGAUAGCUUUAAUCACAGGUCUGCUUUUAUGCAUUUCUCCCAUGCAAGGGAGGUAACUUUCAUAAUUUGUACAGUAACCAAUUGUAACCCGGUCACCUCCCCUCACUCUCCUCCCCUUAGAUUAGCACUUAAACCACUUAGUGGGGACAGAGUUUUCCCCACUUUCUGGAUGUCCAUUAAAUACAUGGGGUACAGGGACAAAUAAGGUGUCCCCAGGUAGGUCUGAUCUGGGUGAGCAACAUACUUGAAAUUCACCCAGAUCGGACCAGGGGUUCGGGAGUUACAGCCUGUUAAAGUUUUGACUGACCGCAGGGACUCAGUAGCCGAAAACAGUUCCAUGCAUUCUGGCCCUGCGGUCGUUCUAUUUCAAUGAACCACAAAUACUGAACGGUUAGCCAUCCAUACGAUUGCUAGCAUUCGUAUGAUUCCCCUCGUUUAGGGGAAUCUAUCUACGGAACGCCGGGGCGUUCGUGUGUUAGCUUCGUAUUGUCGGAGCACGCUGGAGGUCUUAGCGGUGCUUGGUUAGUCGAAUGCCCGGUUUGGGUUCCAGGCGUUCAACAACCAAGUUAGUGCGUAAAAUGGCCGCCGCCACGUGUUCGGUAGGCGAAAUGGCGGCCACACAUACAGGUACUUAAUUCCCUUCGCAACAAUGUAUCAUUCUGUUAAUGGGAAACACACGACCACCCCGGGGUGGUCGUCCGUUCGGUAGUUUCAUACAUUCGAAUAAACACAUUACAAUACUAUUAAAAUCCAUUCGUGUGGUUAUUCCCUUGGUGAAUUACACCUAUUCACACAGAAUAGUUAGUCCAAGUGGCAGGGUUUGCCACAGUAGGUGUCCCGAUAAGUAGAUCAUUCCUAGCUCACUCGAGGUAGGUGUCCCGAUAAGUAGAUCAUUCCUAGCUCACUUGAGGUAGGUGUCCCGAUAAGUAGAUCAUUCCUAGCUCACUCGAGGCAGGUGUCCCGAUAGGUAGAUCAUUCCUAGCUCACUCGAGGUAGGUGUCCCGAUAGGUAGAUCAUUCCUAGCUCACUCGAGGUAGGUGUCCCGAUAGGUAGAUCAUUCCUAGCUCACUCGAGGUAGGUGUCCCGAUAGGUAGAUCAUUCCUAGCUCACUCGAGGUAGGUGUCCCGAUAGGUAGAUCAUUCCUAGCUCACUCGAGGUAGGUGUCCCGAUAGCUAGAUCAUUCCUAGCUCACUCGAGGUAGGUGUCCCGAUAGGUAGAUCAUUCCUAGCUCACUUGAGGUAGGUGUCCUGAUAGGUAGAUCAUUCCUAGCUCACUCGAGGUAGGUGUCCGAUAGGUAGAUCAUUCCUAGCUCACUUGAGGUAGGUGUCCUGAUAGGUAGAUCAUUCCUAGCUCACUCGAGGUAGGUGUCCCGAUAGGUAGAUCAUUCCUAGCUCACUUGAGGUAGGUGUCCUGAUAGGUAGAUCAUUCCUAGCUCACCCUUUUCUAAAUGAUCCCAGUGGAUACUCUGUAGUGACUUUGUGCUUUGCUUUCUUGGUUCGGUGCAGGUGAAGCUAAAUGUAUCCAGUUCUUGGCAGGAAGAGGAGGUUUGGCGGAUGGAGAUUUAUGUUUCUCUUGGGAUUAUGGCACUUUGCGCCCUCUCACUACUCGCUAUUACCUCCUUACCGUCCAUAGGGAACUCUCUGAACUGGAGAGAAUUCCGCUUUAUACAGGUAAGUGUGUUCAUCUGUUACUGCUCCACAACAGCCACGCAAUUCCUCACUAGUGGACCAUAAUAUGGAAUUACAAGCUAAAUAUACACUGUAUACACCCCGCACUUACUGUAAUGUAACCUGUAAAGUGCUGAGUACACCUGUUAGCGCUAUAUAAAUAUAAUAUACAUACACUGUAUACACCCCGCACUUACUGUAGCCCCCCCCACUGUAAUGUAACCUGUAAAGUGCUGAGUACACCUGUUAGUGCUAUAUAAAUAAAAUAUACAUACACUGUAUACCUACUGUUCCUCCCUCUACUGUAAUGUAACCUAUAAAGUGCUGAGUACACCUGUUAGCGCUAUAUAAAUAUAAUAUACAUACACUGUAUACCUACUGCACUUACUGUACCUCCCUCUACUGUAAUGUAACCUGUAAAGUGCUGAGUACACCUGUUAGCACUAUAUAAAUAAAAUAUACAUACACUGUAUACCUACUGCACUUACUGUACCUCCCUCUACUGUAAUGUAACCUGUAAAGUGCUGAGUACACCUGUUAGCGCUAUAUAAAUAAAAUAUACAUACACUGUAUACCUACUGCACUUACUGUACCUCCCUCUACUGUAAUGUAACCUGUAAAGUGCUGAGUACACCUGUUAGCGCUAUAUAAAUACAAUAUACAUACACUGUAUACCUACUGCACUUACUGUACCUCCCUCUACUGUAAUGUAACCUGUAAAGUGCUGAGUACACCUGUUAGCGCUAUAUAAAUAAAAUAUACAUACACUGUAUACCUACUGCACUUACUGUACCUCCCUCUACUGUAAUGUAACCUGUAAAGUGCUGAGUGCACCCGUUAGCGCUAUAUAAAUAAAAUAUACAUACACUGUAUACCUACCCCUUCCCCUGGUUUAGAAACAUAGAAUGUGACGGCAGAUAAGAACCAUUCGGCUCAUCUAGUCUGCCCAAUUUUCUAAAUACUUUCAUUAGUCCCUGGCCUUAUCUUAUAGUUAAGAUAGCCUUAUGCCUAUCCCACGCAUGCUUAAACUCCUUUACUGUGUUAACCUCUACCACUUCAGCUGGAAGGCUAUUCCAUGCUUCCACUACCCUCUCAGUAAAGUAAUACUUCCUGAUAUUAUUUUUAAACCUUUGUCCCUCUAAUUUAAGACUAUGUCCUCUUGUUGUGGUAGUUUUUCUUCUUUUAAAUAUAGUCUCCUCCUUUACUGUGUUGAUUCCCCUAUCAUAUCCCCCCUGUCUUGUCUUUCCUCCAAGCUAUACAUGUUAAGAUCCUUUAACCUUUCCUGGUAAAUUUCAAAUGAAUUGAUUAAUAUCUGUUUAGGAAAAGUUGGAUAUGCUCCCCCUGUCUUGUCUUUCCUCCAAGCUAUACAUGUUAAGAUCCUUUAACCUUUCCUGGUAAAUUUCAAAUGAAUUGAUUAAUAUCUGUUUAGGAAAAGUUGGAUAUGGGGCUGCUCUGCACAAUUAACACCUCUGUUUUACCAAUAUCUCUGAUGGCCAUCCUGUCAUGUCAGUCCGAGUUGGACAAGGCUGACCGUGGUAAUGUGGGAGUGCAGCUGAAAUCUUGGCGAGCUGAAUGUAAGAUAACGUGAUGUUGCUGAGAUUUCAUUUUAUUCUUUGAAUAAAGGACUUACUCAAAGCUCCCCCAAUUAAUUUAUUUUCUUAUGUCUGCGAGAAGUCCGACGCGGUGAGUGGAGUCUGCUUAAAUCCUGUCUGUGUGAAUCACUAAGGGACCUGGAUCCAAUUGCUCUAUGAAAACUAUUUUUUAUCAGAGAAAGUUUUCGGUUAAUGAAGAUGUUGUUCAUUGUACAAUGUAAGUGGUUUGUGUUUAAGCUUUAAAUCUUUUUUUUUCUUUUCUUUUCUUUGCAGUCUAAGCUGGGAUUUGUAGCCCUGAUAAUCGCCACCCUGCACACGCUCACAUUCGGCUGGAAACGAGCGUUUGAUCGGACUCAUUACAAGUUUUACCUGCCUCCAACGUAUACCCUGACUCUCCUACUACCGUUCAUAAUCAUAUUGGCCAAACUUGUCCUCUUCCUGCCGUGUGUUAAUCUGAGCCUAAUGCGGAUCCGGAGGGGGUGGGAGAAGGGACAGUGCGUAACAUUUUCACACGUGCAGGAAUUAAGCGAAACGUCAAGCAAUGUUUAGCUAACCUGCCUGGAGAUUGGGAAUGAACCCAUCUCUGGGGUAUUGGAGUCUGAACGUGGCUGCCCCCCUCCCCAGCAUAGAUCCAUUGUCAUCUGUGUCACCGUUACUGUGGGAUAUCAUAUAUAUCACUCCGUGAACCCCCAUUGAGUUACAUCCACCGAUCCAAUAUGUAAUCUGUAAAUAGGUUUAAUCUUCAACGCUGGGCUUUAUCUGCGGUGCCACGGUUAACUAUAUCUGGGGUAAGGGAGCUUUGGGUGAAACGCUUCAUUAAACUGAAUAAGGGGAGUGUCGUUUAUCUUCCAAUGCCCAGUUGGUGGCUGCUUGUGGCCGAUGUCUGCUGAAAUUCAGCCCAGGAUCAUAAUUCUAACUAAACUAAACGUUUAGUGCCCCUCCUGCCCCUUUCAUCUAUGUAGCUGAAAAGUAAAAAUCGUUCUAGCAGAUUAUAAAUUAUAUAAUAUAACUUUGUAUAUCUCCUCCUCCCAGCUGGGGGAUGUAUCCCUCGCCAGGUUACUGCCCUUUAUAACCCCAAAAUGAUUUCAACUCAGCACGCAUUGCAGUGCAUGCUGGGAACGCAGAAACACAGGAAAUGCUUUUACACAAAUCUAUUUGCAAAAAUCAACACAGGUUGGCUGAUUGUAAUUUUUGACUGGUCCCCCCAAUGAAGUGCAUAGUAUUAGCCUGUCGCCCCAUUCUACAGUCCAAGUGUUAAGAUUUUAAGAUAACAUUAAAAUACCUUUUGCAAAAUGCCUUAAUUAUUGUUCCCCGUGUGAAAGGCGUCUCAGCUGGGACAGGCAUUGUUCACAUAAUAAACCCAAAUCACUUGUGGGCCUGUUCCUACUGACAGCAUGGGGGCUCGUGUCAAUGUAUAUCUUAUUGUAGUAUAUUGAUAUAUUAUUAUUUUUUUUUUUUUCUGGCCGAGCAGCCACGUUGGUUCUGAUUCAGCCUUGUUGCUGUUGUGCUUGCUGUGUGUGAACCUGCAGUGGCAGUGAAUUUGGGCUGAGCAGAAUCGGAACUGUUACGGUACCUCCAGUAAUAAAUGUACAAACCGCCGUUUAGCGAAUGCUCCCCGUUCGCAAUAAUGUGGUCUGGUAGCGUGUACAGUAUAACCAUGCGAACCGCCAGCUAGGGAACACUCCAAACUCCCGAACGGUACCUGUACGGCUCUUUCCCUUCACGAUCUCCAAAUACACGAACUGCCAAUAUUAGCCGAACGCCAAUAUCUUCCAAGCGGCAAAUAAUUCCAAUAAGCAGUCUCUAGGCGCCAGUAAUAAAAUCCCCCCAGUAACGAGACCAAGCUCCGCUUUGAGGGUAAAACACGAACUGAUUUAGUGUGGGCUACCUGCCCGGUAUUUAUGCAGGUCUCCCACUUCGUGGACACUCCCCUAGGGGACCAAAUAGGAGACUGGAAUAACAGAAGGACAUGGGGACAUUUCAGACAUACAUCCCCACAAUAUUCCCAGCAUGCAUCACAGUUCCCUCCCCUCUGCUCGGGAGAUAAUUGGGAAGUAAUUCAAUUAUCUCCACGAGCAGAGGCAAAUCGCCAUUUUAACUCAAAGUUAUAAAACACAUUAAAAUACAUAACUUUCUAAUUGCCGAACAUAUUGUAUUCGUGUAACACAUCCCCAGAUAGCCUGGAUCUGAGUGCAUAUUAUUGGCGAAUAGCGCUCAGAUCCCAUUCGCAUAGUUCAAUCGCCAUGGAGUCAAAGUCUAUUACAGUUCUUCGGUAUGCGAUUGACUCCAUGGGAAGGCUAUCUGGGUUAAGUCCAUUCGUGUUGUUGAAUCUCCC